CGGACGACGCUCUCUCUCUCUUCAUACGCACAAAACUUUGCAGAUUCCUUUUAAACCAGCGAUCAGACGAUAGGAGCUUCACAGACAAUACUGCAAUUCUCCAUAAUCUGUUUACUUGUAAGCUUAGAUUGGCUUUCAUGGAUUCAAAAAGCCAAUCUUUCUCUUCUUCUAGCCACAAGUGGAAAUAUGAUGUCUUUCUAAGUUUUAAAGGUGAGGAUACUUGCAAGAAUUUUACAGACAAUCUAUACACUACCUUGAAACAGAAGGGAGUCAACACCUUCAGGGAUGAUAAAAAUCGAGAGAUAGGAGAACCUAAUUCACAUGAGCUUUUAAAAGCAAUAGAAGAAUCAUUGUUUGCUAUUGUCAUUCUCUCCCAAAACUAUGCAUCCUCAACGUGGUGUUUGGAUGAACUUGUGAAUAUCAUGGAAUGCAAAAAAAAGAUGGGGCAAAUAGUUUGGCCCAUAUUUUAUGAUGUGGAUCCAUUUGAGGUGCGAAAACAGACGGGAACAUAUGCACAAGCAUUUGACAAACAUGAAAAACAUUUCAAAGAUGAUAUAGAUAAAGUUCACACAUGGAGAGCUACUUUGACAGAAGUGGCCAAUCUCUUUGGAUUUCAUUUACAAGAUAGGAAUGAGAUAGAAUUUAUCCAAGAUAUUGUGGAAGAGAUAUUUAUCAAAUUAAGUUACAAAUUCCCAAGAUCAGAUACUAGUGAUUUAGUAGGAAUAGAUUCUCGAGUAAAGGAAUUGAUGUCACUUUUGGCUAUACAAUUAAACGAUGUUCGCAUCAUAGGGGUUUGGGGGAUGGGAGGAAUUGGUAAGACAACUCUUGCUAGAUUUGUCUAUCAUAAGAUUUUUAAUUAUUUUGACGGUGGUAGUUUUAUCACUAAUAUUAGAGAAGAAUCUGAAAAACAUGGUUUACUUUCAUUACAACAAAAACUUAUUUGUGAAAUUUUGAUGGAGAGAAGUAUGAAUAUUCAAGAUGUUGAUAAAGGAGUUCUUUUGAUCAAGCGUAUCAUGUGCAAUAAAAGGAUUCUUCUUGUUCUUGAUGAUGUAAAUCAAUUGAACCAAUUACAAAAAUUAGCUGGGAAGCUUAAUUGGUUUGGUCCAGGUAGUAGAGUUAUUAUCACAACUAGAGAUGAGUCUUUGUUGAGAAGACAUAACAUAUUUAGAAUAUAUGAGGUUAAAGUAUUGAAUAAUGAUGAUGCUUUUCAUCUUUUUAGGUUGAAAGCUUUUAUGAGCGAUUGUCAUACCAAUGGUUAUCUAAAGUUGUCUAAACAGUUUGUAAAUUAUGCUAACGGCCUUCCAUUAGCUAUUGAGGUUUUGGGUUCUUUUUUGUUCAAUAGAAGUAAGAAAGAAUGGGAAAGUGCAUUAAAUAGGCUCAACGAAUUUCCUGAUAAAGAUGUUAUGAAAAUACUUCAAAUAAGUUUUGAUGGACUUAAUGAAACAGAAAAGGAAAUCUUUCUACAUAUUGCAUGUUUCUUUAAUAUGAAGGAAAACUAUUAUGUGGAAAAAAUACUAGAUAAUCUUGGCUUUGACCCUAGAUUUGGUUUAAGGGUCCUCAUUGAAAGGUCACUUUUAAAAGAAUUUCAAACUAAAUACAAGAUGCAUGAACUAUUACAAACGAUGGGUCAAAGCAUAGUUCGUAAAGAGCAUCCUCAAGAACCGGGGAGGUGGAGCAGAUUAUGGAUAUACAAUGACAUUCACAAUGUAUUGGUGAAAAAUUCGGGAACAAGAGAAAAUCAAGGCUUAGUCUUAGAGCAUUCAAAAGUUGAAAAACUACGUGAAUAUGAAAGAAGAUAUUGGAACCUAGAAGCCUUUUCAAAGAUGCCUAACCUUAAAUUGCUUAUAAUUCAUGGUGUUCAACUUUUGCAUGGCCCCAAGCAUCUUCCUAAUAAAUUAAGACUUCUUGAUUGGAGUAAGUAUCCUUCAAAGUCUUUGCCAUCAGAUUUUCAACCAGUUGAGCUUGUUGAACUUCACUUGUUGCAUAGCAAAAUUGAACGGCUUUGGAAAGGGUCAAAGUACUUGAACAAGUUAAAGUUCAUCAACUUGAAAGGUUCUUUAAAUCUCGUUGCAACCCCUGACUUCACUGGAGUUCCCAAUCUUGAGAAAUUGGUUUUUAAAGGUUGUAUAAAUUUAUGUGAGGUUCACCCAUCUAUUAUGGUUCUUAAAUGGCUUACUCUUCUUGAUCUAGAAAACUGCAAAAGCCUUAGAAGUCUUCCAAGCAAGUUUGAAAUGGUGUCUCUUGAGACUCUUAUUCUUUCUGGCUGUUCAAAAAUCGAGAGAAUUCCAGAAUUUAUGGGAAAUAUGGAACGCUUAUCAAAACUUCACUUAGAUGGCACUGCUAUUACUAAACUUCCCUCUUCAAUUGAACGUAUGACUAAUCUUCAAGAACUAUCAUUUCGUGGAUGUAAAGGUCCACCAUCUAAACUAUGGAAUAAGCUUUUUCCCUUAAAUUUAUUGCCAAGAAGAAGCCAAAAUCCUGUGAGCUUGUUAUUGCCUCGCCUUUUAGUUUUGGGUAUGUGUCCUUUAACGACAUUGGACUUGAGGGACUGUAAUCUUCAAUCAAUCCCUAAUGAUAUUGGAAACUUAUCUUUAAUAAGGUACUUGAAUCUAAACGAAAAUCACUUUAGUUGCCUUCCUGAAAGUAUUGUGCAACUAUCUGAUUUGUCGGAAAUUCAUUUACGCAAUUGCACAAGACUUCGUUCAUUGCCACAAUUGCCAUCAACGACUGAUUGGAUUGAAGCAGAUGGUUGUACCUCAUUGGAAACAUUUCCAAAUGGAAUUGAACCACAGGAUUUCGCCCAAACACAUCUUUUGUUCUUCGAUUGCUUCAAAUUGGCUAAUAACAUGUUAUUUAAUGUUCUGAGAAUGCUACUAGCAUUUCAUCAGGAAAUCUGCAAGCAAUCUGCAAUAUUGGGUAGCUGUGCUGCCUUUAAUGUUGUUUUUCCAGGAAGUGAAAUUCUGAAAUGGUUUAAACAUCAGAGUGCGGGGAAUGUAGUUAAUGCACAAGUUACUCAUCCGAACAAAAAUGUGAAUAUACAAGUGCCUUCCCGUUCAAGUAAUAAGUGGAUUGGAAUAGCUCUUUGUGUUGUUUUUUCAUGCCCCUAUUCUUAUGCUUCUGAACUUCCGGAUUUUUUGAGAUGUCACAUUCUAAUCAAUAAACAUGAAGGUUCAUACUUUAAUUUAGGCAUUUGCGCUAGACUGGAUGGGAGUAAAUCACUUCACCUUUGGAUGUCCUAUAUACCCUCUCAAAUGUUUAAUGAGAAUGAGAGAGCAGUAUUGAGCCAAAGUGAUGAGAAUGGAUUCAUACAGAUGGAGGUUAAAUUUCAAUGGGAUUUCAACCCAGGUAUUAAGUUUAAGAAAUGUGGGUUUUGUCUACUAUAUGAACAAGACAUCGAAGAUAUCAAAGAAAUGAUAUCGGCUCAUGAUUGUCAUGAUUUUGACAACUCAACUGAAGGAAUCAAAAUUAAGCGAAGCCGUGAUGAAUAUGAAGGGGCUGGAGCUAGUGGAGAAGGCAGCUCUAACAAUGUCCCACACUCAAAGAGGAUUGAAAGAUAGAGAAUGGAUGGGCUCAUGCUAACUCUGAUUGCAACAAUUCUAAUGAAGUUGGCCUAGUACCAGUGCAUGGAACUGUAUAAGAAAUGGUGAAGAUCAUCAUCUGGUUUCCCAAAGUAAUUCCAAAUCAUGUGUUUAUUGGUUGGCUAAGGGUUCGCAACAGAUUGUCUACAAAAGAUUGAAUGUUUUAGUGAUAUACUAAUCUUGAUGCUCAGUGUGUUGUUUGUAAACGAAGAAUUAAAAGUACGGUUCGCUUAUUUUGUGAUUGUUUCUUGAUGGUUUAACCAUUAGAUUGCAGGGACUACAGUGAAUACACGUCACUCAUUCUUGUAAUAAGUGGAUUGGAAUGGUUGUGUGUGCUUUUUUUUCACUCCAUUAUCUCAAGAAGAUAUAAUGAAGGGUUGUUAUAUCUCUGUCAAUAACCCUAGAAAUUCCAGAUGUUUCGGAUUCUUAAAUCAUAAAUUUGUUCAGACUGAAUCAGAUCACCUUUAGCUGCUUUAUAUUCACCCUGAAUGUGUUUCUGAGAAUGAGAUAGCAGACUUUAGUCAACUGGAUGAGAAUGGAAUCAUUCAUACGGAGGUUGAAUUUGAUUGUAAGCCCACACUUUGAGUGUAAGAAAUGUGGGUUUCGUAUGGUAUACAAGCGAGACAUUGAAGAGAUCAGAGAAAUGAUGGCUCAAUCCAGCAACAGUAGCUGCAUCCUUUUGAGGUAUUGAGAUCUCAUGCAAUAGCUACACCUUGUAAUCAUCAAGAGGGUGUAGAUGUUGAUGCUCGACAUGAUUUUGACAAUUCAACAGAAAGUAGCAAAAUGAGAAAAACCGUGAUGAAUACAAUAGGGCUGGACCUAGUGGUGAAUGCAGCUCUAAUGAUGUACCACACUCAAGGAGGAUUCAAAUAUAUACAAAGAAUGUAUGGCUCAAGGUAGCUCUGACUUUGGUAACUCUGAUUGCAGGGAUUCUAAUUAAGGUGGUUCAGGACUACCCUGAUUUAGUCUCUGUAGUCCUCUUUCUUUGACUUUCUCCACCAACGGUAACAAAGCAUACCCCUCUCUCUCUCUCUCUCUCUCUAUAUAUAUAUAUCUUUCUCUCUCCCUUUCUGUUCUUCUCUGAUGUCAGAAUUUUUGAGCUAAUCUUUUCUUUGUUGAGUAUGUCGGCCUCAGUCACUCAACAUCUGCACUCACCUGUGGUUUCUCACUCUUCACUCUCUCACCCACAGUCAGCGACUCCUAAAGCAGUUGCAUUCAGUAUUGUCUCUGAAAGGUGCAUGAAACUGUACAAGGAAGAAAUGGCCCAAAGUUAAAUGGUUAAGAUCAUCUGGUUUCCCAAAGUAAUUCCAAAGCAUGUGUUUAUAGGCCGGCUAACGGUUCACAACAGAUUGUUAACAAAAGAUUGAAUAUUGUAGUGCUGUGCUAAUCUUGAUGCUCAGUGUGUUCUUUGUAAAAAGAGAAUUCAAAGUAGGAUCACUUAAUUUGUGAUUGUUCUUUCUCGAUGAGGAUAUGGUGAACCAUAAUGAGCUGGUGCAUAAUAAAAAAUCCAAAGUUCAGUUGGCUUGAGAUUAUGCUCUAUGAUGAGAAAUCCAUUUGUGUCUGGACUGGCAUUUUGGUCUGCUGUGUAUCAUAUUUGGUUUCAGAGGAAUGCUAGUAUUCAUUAAGGAAGACUACCUCAUGAAGAGGCAUGGUCAAAAUGAUCAUGUGGGAAGUGAAGAACAGAGUUGAAUGUAACAGUUACUGCAAUUCUGUUCUAAACGGGAGAAUAGUAGUAGUUAAUGGUCCUUGUUUCUGUUAUCUAACAGAUAAGGAAAUUUCAUUUUGUAAUGUUUAUGGUGUAGGCUGUUUCUAUAUUGAUGUUGGAUUGUUUGGUUGUGUUUUGGACUGAUUGUACAUCUGUUUCUAUUGAAAUGAAUUGCUCACUCUGUUUCUAUUGAUUA